ACUCGAAGACCUCCAAAACCCAGCUCGCUCACUCCAGUGGUCAAGUGUUCGCUCCACUCAUCCCACCAAAAUGGGGCGGCUGCUCCCUCGCCACCCCUCCCUCCUCCUCGCCAUCGCCGUCGCCGCGAUCUGGAGCUGCAGCCCCGCGGUCGUGCGGUGCGCGCCGGUGUACGGCCCCGACUACCUGGUGGACGGGAACCAGCUGGUGGACAUGCAGUACCACAUGGGACCCGUCGUGUCCGGGUCGCCGACCAACCUAUACCUCAUCUGGUACGGCCGGUGGGAGCCCGCCGCGCAGGCCGUGCUCCGGGACUUCCUCGCCUCGCUCUCCGCCCCGGCCCCGUUCCCGGCCGUCUCCGACUGGUGGUCCCGCACGCCGCGGCUGUACGCGGACCAGACGGGCGCCAACGUGACGGCGGCGUUCGCCGUCGCCGGGGAACACUCCGACGCGGGCUACUCCCACGGCGCCUCGCUGCGGCGCAUCGACGUGCAGUCCGUGAUCCGGUCGGCGGUGUACGCGUACCCGGACCCGCUGCCGCUGGAUCCCUACAACGGCGCGUACCUGGUGCUCACCUCGCCUGACGUGCAGAUGGACGAGUUCUGCCGCGCCGUCUGCGGCUUCCACUACUUCACCUUCGCGUCCGUGGUCGGGGUCACUGUGCCGUACGCGUGGGUCGGGAACAGCGGCACGCAGUGCCCCGGCAAGUGCGCGUACCCGUUCGCCGCCGCCGCGGAGUACGGCGGCGGGGGAGGGGGACAGGCGGUGCUGCCGCCGCCGAACGGCAACGUGGGUGUGGACGGGAUGGUGAUCGUGCUGGGGCACGAACUGGCGGAGAUGGCGACCAACCCGCUGGUGAACGCGUGGUACGCCGGGGACACGCCCACGGCGCCGACGGAGAUCGCCGACCUCUGCCUCGGCGUGUACGGCGACGGCGGCGGCGCCGGUGGGCUCGUCGGGAACGUGUCCCGCGCGCCCGACGGCAGCGCCUACAACGUCAACGGCGUCAACGGCCGGCGCUUCCUGGUCCAGUGGCUCUGGAACCCCGUCCGCGGCGCCUGCUACGGUCCCAACGCCAGCAACUGAGACUGGGGCCUUCUUGCCUUCUUGCAAGGACGGAUCAGUUCCUCAUGCCAUUCUGCUCAAUGGCAUUGCAGUUGCAGCGAUCAAUGGCGAUUCGAUGGAUGGAUACAGUAUUAUCCGGCGAUCCCCAAGACAUCACUUCCGGUUUGAUCUGUUCCUUUGUCCGUUGAAGACGAGGAUUAGAUCAAAUGAAACCACUAAUUUUGAAGCAGCAACAAUGUAUGGAUCUUGGUUACAUAAACUCUGUGCAUUUUGAUCGAUCUAUGC